GUUUUUAUUUCUACGCGACGACCCGCCCCCGAUCCCUCACUUCCUCUCUCCUCUUCUUCGAUCCUUUCUUGGAUUCCAAGCCACCCAUCGAAGACCAAAUCGCCGGAGAGGAUUCGCCCAGAUCGAGAUGGAGAUGGUCGAGCGUGGGCAGCGGUUCCGCCAUGACUACAUUCGCGCGCUCGAGGAGGAGCGCAAGAAGAUCGAGGUCUUCCAGAGAGAGCUGCCGCUUUGCCUUCAACUCGUCACGCAAGCGAUCGAGAGCGUGGAGGAGCAGAUGUGUGAGGAGGAGAGGUUAUUGAGCGGUAAUGAGCCGGUAUUGGCAGAGUUCAUCCCUCUGAAACCGAGCUUAGCGUCGACGGCGGAGGAGGAGGUGGAGAGAGGUGAGCAGGCGGCCAGCGGCUCUGAUGCGAAGCCGGACUGGCUAAGAUCUGUCCAUCUAUGGAAUCAGUGCGCCGACACUGGCCCGAGAGUGGAACCGCCGGUGAAGCCCAUAGCUGUGAACCUGAAGAAGAUGGGCGGCGCUUUCAAACCUUUUGAGCGAGAGAAGCACGCUGCCCCUCCGCCGGUGGCGUCGACAGCAGCGGCCGCUAGUUCUACAACUAGCGCCAGUGGUAGCCGAGGAUGUGGCGGAAACGGUAGCACCAGAGGAGACAAGGAGAAGGAAAGGCAAUCUCUGACCAAUCGAAAAACCAGACGCUGCUGGUCGCCGGAGCUCCACCACCGCUUCGUCGACGCCCUUCAACUGCUCGGUGGUGCCCAUGUUGCAACCCCGAAGCAGAUCCGCGAGCUGAUGAAGGUGAAUGGGCUCACCAACGACGAAGUCAAGAGCCAUUUGCAGAAAUACCGACUGCACAAUAGACGAUCAGGCAUGGCAGCUCAGAGCACCAGCAGCACCAGCAGCACCCCGGCGCCCCAGAUUGUGUUGGUCGGUGGCAUUUUGGUCCCGCCGCCGCAGCCCCCUACGGGUGGUUCUUGUGCUCCUCCCGGCGGAGUCUAUGCGCCGGUGGCAAGACACUACCCAUCGGAGUCGAGGUCUCCGAAGCAGCAGCAGCAAGCGACACAAGUAUUGCCCGGAACAUGCAGUGGAGAUAGAGAUGAUGGCAGUGAUGACGACGAUGAAGUGACCAACUCUGCGUCCCUUUCUGCCUCUGCAACUUCCCAAACGACGAUAGCGUCGCCUUCCUUUUGAAUCAUGAAUGAAUCCAUUUUGUUCUGUGAAUUCUCUCGGUUGGUUUGUGAGUUUUGCGACCAGAGUUCCAUUCCUGUAUCUGUGUGGGUAAAAAUCUAAAGUUUUGUUGUCUAUCA